AUGGGAACCGUGAAUAUCCUUAUAGAUCUAGUGGAGGUCGGAUAGGUCAAUUUAAUAAUUAAAGCAAGCAAUGGCUGCCCUGAGGUGUCUUAGACUGCCUUUGGUCGGGCAAAAGAGACAUCUACGCAGUGUGUGGCUGUGUAGAGAGCUGUCGGGAGACUCACAGCAACUCUUCGACAAGAUCCUGGUAGCCAAUCGUGGAGAGAUUGCUUGUAGGGUUAUGCGCACAGCACAUCGAUUGGGUAUUCGCUCGGUGGCUGUCUUCAGUGAGGCCGACAGGAAUACAAUGCACGCUGAUAUGGCGGACGAGGCCUACUGUAUCGGCCCUGCCCCUUCUAGUGAGAGCUAUUUGAGACAGGACAAAAUAAUAGAAGUUGCCAAGGCAACAGGAGCACAGGCCAUACAUCCAGGCUACGGUUUUCUGUCCGAGAACAAACAUUUUGCUGAGCUGUGUACAAAUGAGGGGGUGGAGUUUGUUGGCCCACCCCCCUCUGCCAUUGAGAAGAUGGGAGUCAAGAGAGUAUCUAAGAGGAUUAUGAGUGAGUCAGGUGUGCCUGUGGUACCUGGGUACUUUGGAGAGGACCAAUCAGACCCACGUCUCAAGGUAGAGGCCGACAAAAUGGGGUACCCUGUGAUGAUCAAAGCUGACUUGGGUGGAGGAGGUAAGGGCAUGAGGAUAGUGCCCUCGGCUGACCACUUCCAGGAGGCACUGGAUGCUUGUCGCUCUGAGGCACUCAAGAGUUUCGGUGAUGAUAAGGUCAUGGUGGAGAAGUUUGUGGAGAGGCCAAGACACGUAGAGAUCCAGAUUUUUGCAGACAAGCAAGGUAACACUGUGCACUUGUUUGAGAGGGACUGUAGCGUACAGAGACGACACCAGAAGAUUAUUGAGGAAGCACCAGCACCUGGCCUGAGAUCAGACGUUAGAGAGGGGAUAUACUCUGCAGCUGUUAGUGCUGCUCAAGCCGUUGGGUACGUGGGUGCCGGGACAGUGGAGUUUAUCAUGGACGCCCAGCAAAAGUUCUACUUCAUGGAGAUGAACACUCGGCUUCAAGUCGAGCACCCAAUCACUGAAAUGAUUACAGGAACUGACCUGGUGGAAUGGCAGCUACGAGUAGCAGCGGGGAGACCCCUACCAAUUAAAAACCAAUCUGAACUCGUCCCUCGAGGGCAUGCUUUUGAAGCUCGAAUAUACGCUGAGAACCCAGACAAAAACUUCAUACCCAGUCCUGGUCACCUGCACCACCUUUGCCCGCCCACCACGUCACAGACCAUCCGUGUGGACACUGGCGUCAAACAAGGAGAUGAAGUGAAGACAUACUACGACCCAAUGAUUGCCAAGCUGGCAGUGUGGGCAGAGGACAGAGAGUCCUCACUCAAGAAGCUCACUGAGUCACUGAAACACUAUCAGGUUGCCGGUGUGAGCACCAACAUUGACUUCCUCCAGAGGCUGUCUUCCCAUCCUCAGUUCAUAGAGGGAGAUGUUCACACUGGAUUUAUUGAGCAACACAGUGAGGCAUUGUUCCCGCCACCUCAACCCCUACCCUCUCUGUCAGUCAUGGAGGCAGCACUCUCCCUACUGGCUCUUGAAGGAGCAUCUCACAAAUCUACUGAAGCCUAUGUUCAUGAUCCUUUCUCCCCAUUCUGUGACAUGUCUGCACAGAGAGUCAACACUGUGCACAAUAGGACAGUCUGCCUCAAAGACAAAGACAACACCGUAGAAGUAGACGUGUCAUACAGAGGAAACAAUCGAUACACAGUGUCUAUGGGAGACUCCUCUCCAAUGGAGGCCAGCAGCUGGCUGGAAGAGGGUGGUACGGUGAAGGGGUUUGUUGGAGAGAGGACAUUUCAAGCUAAUGUAGCCUUGGUCGACAGACAACUGCACAUCUUUACUAGAGCAGGAAGCUUCAGUGUGGAGCUACCAAUGGCUGAGUUUGUCCAAAAGAAGCAAAAGUCAGAGGAGGGGGGAGUGAGGUCACCCAAGUAUCCGUCAACGGUUGUUCGAGUGGGCGUAGCAGCGGGGGACAAAGUAACCAAGGGAACCAUUGUCAUGACAGUUGAAGGAAUGAAAAUGGAGAGCAAUAUUAUGGCUGACAAAGAUGGUGUCAUCAAGAGUGUGUUCUAUGAUAUCAAAGACAGUGUACCCCCAUUCUCUAAAGUUGUUGAAUUUAACAAAUGAUAGUGCAAUUGCUGUUGUGUUUGUAGUAGUGAAACAUAAUUAUGACAUUGUAUAAUAAAAUUAUUAUAGCUAAUGUUUUGUAACUUAUGAUUUUGCUGUUAUCUAAAAUCAGGUCACCUUAUUGAACAAUAACGGCUGAUAAUCUGUGAGGGGUAUGAAUUUCAAUUAUUAUUUGCCACCUUG